GGUAUGGCCGGUGUCCGCACUGGCAUUUGACCAGCAGUCGGAGCUGCUGUACGCAGGCGAUAUCGGCGGCCGCGUUACAGCGUACAUGCUAGGAGGGCCCAAUGAGGAGCUGGAGAAGCAAGCAAUCUGCGUGUGCUCGCAUUCGCCGAUUCGGCAGCUGCACGGGCUUCAGAACAGCGUGCUGGUGCGCAGCGACGACUCGGUGCAGCUGCGCACGAGCGGCGGAUGCAAGGUAUAUGGCAAGACGACGUCGGCGAACGAUGUGUUUACGGGCAGCGCGGUGAACCAGCAUACUCAGACCGAGUUUAUCACGUGCACAACCUCGGGCGGGGCGGCAGUGGUGACGCUGGGCCAGGGCACGAUCAUGAAGCGGUUCACGAUGGAGCUGUCGACGACAGCCAUGGACUACACGUCGCAGGCGCUGACGCUGGCGACCAUGACGGGCACGCUGGCAGUGCGGGAUCCGCGGGCGGCGUUCAAGGUUACGCAGGCAGUGUCGGCGUACUCGGGCCGGUGUCAGAUAUUGCAUUGCACGACCACACCCUGUUUGCGUGUGGCAUGUCAAUGGAUGCGUCGACAUCGUAUGAGAUGGUGCCGGGGUCGACGAUCAAGGUGUAUGAUGUGCGCAAGCUGACGGCGGCCGUGGAUGAGAUUGUCUGCGAGGGUGUGCCCAGCAAGCUGCAGGUGACAGGCGGGGACCUGUGGGUGUGCUAUGACAGCGGGUAUGCCGAGUCACGGCCGCUGUCGAAUGUGCUUGAGCCGUCAGCGGACUUUAUUGAGCCAGUACUCAGUGAGUACGCAUACAUGUCGGGGUUCAGUGUGUCGCCGACGGAGUCGGUGGCAGUGGUGUCGGAUACCGACGGCAUGGUGCACGUCUGGGCCAACAAGUCCAACAUAAUCAUGAGCAAUGGCGGCGAGGUGCCUCCGACGGUCAUGUCUGAGGAGCAGCAUGCCAGAGCGUACACAACGUGCGGGAUCGACAUUGACAAUGAGUUGGUGCCGCUAUCCUAUGUGUACAUGCCGGAGUACACCGAGCCCUUGCUGUCGCGGCUUUCGGUAGACACGUUGUAUGAUGUGGGGCGGCCGUGUUCGUAUGUGGACCCGAACAUCCUAGGCAACUUGAAGCACAUGGAUGGAGUCGGAUAUGCACCGAAUCCGCGCACGACCAAGCGCAACCAGCAGCCGUAUGGGAUGGGAUGGCGGCGGCGGUGGCGAGAGGGGGUGACGGAUGACGAUGAGCUGACACAGGGCCGGUCAAAGUUCAUUUCAGUGCAGCGGCGGUGCGGGAUGGGGCGGGAGACGGCCGAGUACAUCCAGCAGCAACAGCAGGUGUCAUCGCCGGUGCCUGCGGCAGCAGCGCUACCACUGCUGAAUGGCGGACGCACGGCGUCAUUCGACACGGUGUCGCGCAGCUCGCCAGCGCCGUCAUCGUCUGGGGUUGUGGGAAAGGUGCCGACGCAUCUGCAGCAGAUGCGGAUUGAGUACUCGCGGUUCGGAGUGGAGGACUUUGACUUCUCGCUGUACAAUGCGACGCGGUGGGGCGGGCUGGAGGGCAACAUCACCAACUCGUAUGCGAAUGCGCUGCUGCAGGUGCUGUUCUUUAUGCCGGAGCUGCGUGAGAUCGCGCUGUCGCACUGCGCGACAGACUGCCCAGAGCCGCUCUGUCUGACGUGCCAGCUGGGGCUGCUGUUCCGCAUGCUGGAGACAGCGGAGGGAGCCAGCUGCCAUGCGACACAUCUGCUACACGUGAUCCAGCAGCGUCCCGAGGCAGUGGCCCUGGCGUUGCUGGAGGACGCGCACGGCAACCCGACGGACGGAGUGUCGUACAGCGUGCUGACGCAGCGGCUGCUGCGGUUUGUGCUGGAGCAGGCGAACAACGAGUGCGCGGCGCUGGGGAUCACGGGGCAGGGCCCGGGCAUGAGCAAGCGGGUGGUGGAGGCGAUUGUCGGGUUUCCGCAGGCGACACAGACCACGUGUCCGGUAUGCUCCAGCCAGCAGUCGCGCGACUCGCACGUAUUCGCGGUGGACCUGGACUCGCCGUACGGCUCAGCAGACCUGGCCACGCUGCUGGCGGGCGGCUCGGCGUCGGUCAAGCGCGCGGAGCUGGGGCGCCGCAAGAGCCGGCAGGGCGUGGCAGAGCUGAUCGAGCAGGCACUGAGCAAGACCGAGACCACGCGCGCGUGGUGCGCGCAAUGCAAGAAGUUCCAGCUGCUGCAAACCGAAAAGUACAUGACGCGCGUGCCCAGCGGGUACCUGGCGGUCAACUUUUCUGCAGUUGACGCGCCCAGCACAGGCACUGUGCCUACGAACAGCGCGCCGACGCCGAUGACACCGGCAGGCGGCGGCAAUGCUGGCGCUGAGCCCUGGCGCUUCACGCUGCCGAUGCGCCUGGAUCUGACAGUGACCAGCAACAAGAGCGCACGUGUCAAGGUCGGCGAGAACCGGGAGGGCAACUUUGAGCUUGUGGCGGUGGUGUCGAGCAUCCGCGAUACAGCGCGUGGGCCGGAGCACCUGGUAGCGCACGUGCGGGAUCCGGAUUCGCCCGACGGCUGGCUGCUGUUCAACGACUUCCUAGUGCAGCCGGCAGCACAAGCGGCAGUAGCGGGUCUGGGCGACGCAUGGCGGGCACCGUCGUUUGCCAUGUACGCAAACACGUCGCGGGCGCCGCUGGCCAACGCAGUGAAUCUAAUCAAGCGGCGAUUCCCGUACCGGAUCAGCACGCGGAUUCUGACGCAGCCGGCGUCGUCGCUGGACAAGCCGGCGUCGAACCGGCGCAGCAGUGCGCGCGGCACACAGAAGCGCAACGGAGCAGUGCCAUUGACCAAGGACGAGGCAGCGCAGCUGGGGCCUGGGUUCCAGUAUGCGUUUGACGCAGAGUUUGUGGUUCUGGAGGAGGCCAAGACGGAGGUGUUUAGCGACGGUACGCAGGAGAUGCACCGGCCGCCGAUCCACCAGCUGGCGCGGCUGAGUCUGGUCAGGGCCACGCCCGGGCCCAUGUACGGCGUUCCGUUCGUCGACGACUACGUGGCCACCACGACGCCGAUCGCCGAUCUGGCCACCGCGUACUCUGGCAUCCACGAGGGCGACCUGGUGCCUGGGGUGUCGCGGUUCAAGCUGUCGACGCUGAAGGAGGCCUACAAGAAGCUGCGGCUCCUGGUGGACGCCGGGUGCGUGGUUAUCGGCCACGGGCUGAAGCACGACUUCCGCGUGAUCGAUAUUGUGGUGCCGAUGCCGCAGCGCCGCGACACCAUGGUGCUGUUCCAGUCGCGCACGCAUAUGCGGCCGAUUGCGCUCAAGUUCCUGUACUGGUUCCUGUGCCACAAGACCAUCCAGGCAGGCGAGCACUCCAGUGUCGAGGAUGCCCAGGCGACUCUCAGCGUCUACGAGAAAUACAAGGAGUGCGUCGAGGCCGAUCCCGAGGACGGCUGCGAGAAUCUGCUCGACUCCAUCUACGACAUGGGCGCCCAGGUCGCCUGGAAGGUCCCCGAGUGAGUUUCAAAUAAGUAUAAUGUAUUUCC